AUGGUUUUGGAAGUGCUGAACUCAGUGCAGUAUGAUGUCACCGGCAUGGUGGCCAAGGGUGUGACUGUUGCCAGCAUUGCAAUCCUGCUGCUCACUGGCUUUCUUCUGUUUGUUUGGAACUCUAAAAACACAGCCUCAAUACCAGGUCUCAGCUACUUUCUGGGAAUUGGGCCCCUCAUUUCCUACAGCAGGUUUCUCUGGAUGGGGAUUGGCAGUUUCUGAAAUUACUACAACAAGAUGUAUGGAGAAUUCAUGAGAGUCUGGGUAUGUGGAGAGGAAACCCUCAUUAUUAGCAAGUCCUCGAGUGUGUUCCACGUAAUGAAGCAUAAUCAUUAUACAUCUCGAUUUGGCAGCAAACUUGGCUUGCAGUUCAUCGGCAUGCAUGAGAAAUGCAUCAUAUUUAACAAUCAUCCAGUUAUCUGGAAAGCUGUCAGAACUUACUUUAUGAAAGCUUUGUCCGGCCCUGGCCUGGUGCGCAUGGUGACCACCUGUGCUGAUUCCAUCACCAAGCAUCUGGACAGGUUGGAGGAGGUCUGCAAUGACUUGGGCUAUGUGGACGUGUUGACCCUCAUGUGGCACAACAUGCUGAACACCUCUAACAUGCUCUUCCUGGGGAUCCCCUUGGAUGAAAGCACCCUCAUGGUUAAAAUCCAGGGUUAUUUUGAUGCAUGGCAAGCUCUCCUUCUCAAACCGGACAUCUUUAAGCUUUCUCAGCUAUGCAGGAAGCAUGAGAAGUCUGUCAAAGAUUUGAAAGAUGAAAUAGAAACUCUGAUAGAAAAAAAAAAAAGACACAGUAUUUUCAUAGCAGAGAAACUGGAAGACUCUAUGGAUUUUGCCACUGAGUUGAUUCUGGCUGAGAAACGUGGUGAACUGACAUGACAGAAUGUAAACCAGUGCAUACUGGAAAUGAUAAUCACAGCACCAGACACUAUGCCUGUCUCUGUGUUCUUUGUGCUGUUUCUCACUGCAACACAUCCCCAGGUUGAAGAGGCAGUAAUGAAGGGAAUCCAGACUGUUGUUGGUGAAAGAAAAAUAAAGAGUGAUGAUAUUCAAAAGCUAACUGUGGUAGAAAAAUUUAUUAAUGAGAGUAUGCAAUACCAGCCUGUCAUGGACCUAGUCAUGCGCAAAGCCUUAGAGGAUGAUGUCACUGAUGGCUACCCAGUGAAAAGGGGGACUAACAUUAUCCUGAAUCUUGGAAGAAUGCACAGACUCGAGUUUUUCUCAAAGCCUAAUGAAUUUACUCUUGAAAACUUUGCCAAGAAUGUUCCUUACAGGUACUUUCAGCCAUUUGGCUUUGGGCCCCGGGCCUGUGCGGGAAAGUACAUCGCCAUGGUGAUGAUGAAGGUCAUCCUGGUCACCCUUCUGAGACGCUUCCACGUGCAGACUUUGCAAGGUCGGUGUGUUGAGAAGAUGCAGAAGAAAAAUGACUUAUCCUUGCAUCCAGACGAGACCAGCGACCGGCUGGAAAUGAUUUUCAUCCCGAGAAAUUCAGACAAGUGCCUCGAGCGCUAA